AGGCAGGAAAGAAAGACAAUAGACCCUUCUAGAAACAGAAACUGAAAGAAAAGAAAGGGAGAGUAUUAAAGACCUCCACCCUGCCUGGGCAUUCUCUUAUGCUCAACUGUCCCUUGUGACCAGCGGCCACAGACUCCACAGCCAGGAGUCUUGUCUCAACUGCUGAACACAUCUGCUCACUAGCCAGCUGCAGGCCUAGGUCCUACAAGAUGGCGGACAUGCCCAGUGGCGAGUCCUGCACCUCUCCACUGGAGCUGUUCAACAGCAUAGCUGCUCAAGGGGAGCUCGUGAGGUCCCUCAAGGCUGGAAAUGCACCAAAGGAUGAGAUUGAUUCUGCAGUAAAGAUGCUGUUAUCAUUAAAAAUGAGCUAUAAAGCCGCCAUGGGGGAGGACUACAAGGCCGACUGCCCUCCAGGGAACCCAACAGCUGGGAGUAAUAAUGAUCCAGAUGCCACCAAAGCCAACGAGGAUUUUGUGGACCCGUGGACAGUACGGACAAGCAGUGCAAAAGGCAUCGACUAUGACAAGCUCAUUGUUCAGUUUGGAAGCAGCAAAAUUGAUAAAGAGCUGAUAAACAGAAUAGAGAAAGCCACUGGCCAGAGACCACACCGCUUCCUGCGCAGAGGCAUCUUCUUCUCCCACAGAGAUAUGAAUCAAGUCCUUGAUGCCUAUGAAAACAAGAAGCCAUUUUAUUUGUACACAGGCAGGGGCCCCUCCUCUGAAGCAAUGCAUCUGGGACAUCUCGUCCCGUUUAUUUUCACAAAGUGGCUGCAGGAUGUGUUCAAUGUGCCUUUGGUCAUCCAGAUGUCUGAUGAUGAGAAGUACCUGUGGAAGGACCUGACUCUGGAGCAGGCAUACAGCUACACAGUGGAAAAUGCCAAGGACAUAAUUGCCUGUGGCUUUGACAUCAACAAAACUUUCAUCUUCUCCGACCUUGAGUUUAUGGGGCAGAGCCCCGGCUUCUACAAGAAUGUGGUGAAGAUUCAGAAGCAUGUCACCUUCAACCAAGUGAAAGGCAUUUUCGGCUUCACCGACAGUGACUGCAUUGGGAAGAUCAGUUUUCCUGCUGUCCAGGCUGCACCAUCAUUCAGCAACUCUUUCCCGAAGAUUUUCCGAGACAGGACGGACAUCCAGUGCCUCAUCCCUUGUGCCAUUGACCAGGACCCUUACUUCAGAAUGACGAGGGACGUGGCCCCCAGGAUCGGCCAUCCUAAACCUGCCCUGCUGCACUCCACCUUCUUCCCUGCCCUGCAGGGGGCCCAGACCAAGAUGAGCGCCAGUGACCCCAACUCCUCCAUCUUCCUCACUGACACAGCCAAGCAGAUCAAGAGCAAGGUCAACAAGCAUGCCUUUUCUGGUGGGAGAGACACCGUGGAGGAGCACAGGCAGUUGGGGGGCAACUGUGAGGUGGAUGUGUCCUUCAUGUACCUGACCUUCUUCCUUGAAGAUGACGACAGGCUGGAGCAGAUCCGAAAGGAUUACACCAGCGGAGCCAUGCUCACUGGGGAGCUCAAGAAGACACUCAUAGAUGUCCUUCAGCCCCUAAUCGCCGAGCACCAGGCCCGACGCAAGGAGGUCACUGAGGAAACGGUGAAGGAGUUCAUGACACCGCGGCAGCUGUCCUUCCACUUUCAGUAAUGCUCUUUCUGUGUGCACGUAAAGACAGCGUCUAUCAGUAAUCCCAGCCCCAUCAAAUCAAGUCACACUCCCGUAGGCUUCCUCACCUGUUAAUUCCUGGACCUGGGUCUCUACGCCCUUGUGCAUUCUGGAUGCUGUUUCUUCUGUGAUGUCUGUCCGCCUGGUGUCUGCUGAUGGUCAGGUCUGCUCAUGCUGCGUGGUCACGUAGAAACCCAGCCAAGAGUCUCCCACAAAGAGCCCCGGUGUGGGCCUCUGUAGCCCACAGAGGACUGUCCAUCCAGCAGCCUAAGGUUCCAGAUAAAUUCCCAAAAUCUAUUAGUUUAUUUGUGAGUGUCUGUGCUACACAUGCUGGUACACACCUAUGGAAUCUCUGUGUUCCAUAGGCAAAGGCACAAGUUCUGUGCCAGCCUGGGCUGCCUAGCAAGAGCCUGACAUAAUUUGUGUUUGAUUCUAUGUCUAUAGAAUCAGAAUGUCCUUAUUGUAAAACUAAAAAGUGCUGUGAAAGACUGAUGAGGAGACAUUUAGUGGGCAAAGAUGCUGCGCUUGAGCCCAUACCAACUCUCUAUAUAUGUACUUUGCUUUAUACUGACUAAGGAGUACUCGGCUUUGUCCUGCAGGUGUAGCUCAGCAGUAGAGCACUUGCCUAGCAUGCAUGAUGUCCUGGGUUCAGUCUUCAGCACCACAACAGGGGGUGGGGGGUCUUCAGCUCUAAAAGCUGCCUUUGACACUGAUUAUGGACCCCAGGCUGGACUACUUCUGUUAGGCUGAGGUUACUAAACUCCAGAUCACACGUGUUGUCCACUCCAAAAUCAUGCUUGUUGCCCUAGUGUACUGACUCUCCCACAAGUGGCCCAGUGAUGACUUCUCCCGACCGUCCCUCUCUCAGGACAGUCUGUUGCCUUGGCAGAUGCUCUUGGCACUUGACUGAAGUGGAAGGCAGCACAGAACGGUGCGCUGGCCGUGCCCGGGCCGGUGGGCCAUAGCUAGACAGGAAAGAGCAACAGUUGUCCGGGCCCUGGCCUUCUCCCUCCAGGCUGACCAUGUCUAACAAGCCACCGCUCAAAGUCUCGGCAAACAGAGGCCGUAUCUCAGGGAAAGGCCCUGGUUGACGUGUCUGUCCUCUCUGAAGGCACAGAGGCCACUCUGAGUGUUCUGUCCUUGCAUCACUUCCAGGCAAAAAAUAAACUUUGCUGUGCCCCGCC